GAACAGCUACUGCGGGUGGGAAGAGGCUGGGCUGCGCAGGCGCAAGGGAGAGCCUGGCUUCUGUGGAGCUCACGGGGGCUAAGGGGGCUAUGAGCAGCAAGAAAGGCCCGGGGAAUGGCCGGGGCAAGAAGAAGAAGCAUAAGAAGGAGAAGGCGCCGCCCCCUCCGAAUACAGGGAGCGAGACCCCUACGGGGCCGCUGAGUCCCUCUUGCUCAGAUGACACUCCCCGCACACCCCCAGUACCCCCUCUGCCUCUCCCUGCUGCGAUUGGAGCGGGGCUGCUGGGCUCGGAUGAUGAGGAGCAAGAGGACCCCCGAGAUUACUGCCGAGGUGGGUAUUAUCCAGUCAAGAUCGGAGACUUGUUCAACGGGCGCUAUCAUGUGGUGCGGAAACUCGGCUGGGGACAUUUUUCUACAGUCUGGCUUUGCUGGGACAUACAGCGCAAGCGUUUUGUGGCCCUCAAAGUAGUGAAGAGCGCUGUACACUAUACAGAGACGGCCGUGGAUGAGAUAAAGCUGCUGAAAUGUGUGCGGGACUCUGACCCCAGUGACCUCAAGCGUGAGAACAUUGUCCAGCUUAUUGAUGACUUCAAGAUCUCAGGGAUCAACGGUGUCCAUGUCUGCAUGGUCCUCGAGGUUUUGGGGCACCAGUUGUUGAAAUGGAUUAUCAAAUCCAACUACCAAGGACUUCCGAUACCCUGUGUCAAAAGCAUCCUACGCCAGAACGGGAAGCUUUCGAAGAACAAGCGGAAGAAACUGAAGAGGAAGCAGAAGCGGCAGAGCCAGCUCUUGGCGGAGCGGCUCCAGGACCUGCAGCAGCUGGAAGACCUGGCGGCCACAGCGGCUGGGGAUGCCAGCGAGUCCACCACGGCAGCCCAAGAGCUGCAUGAUGGAGCCCCCAUCUCGGUCUCCACCGUUGGAGGUGCAGAGCCCUCUGGAGGGUCCCUGGCCUGCAGCCCCCAGAGCCUGACAUCAUCCUCUGGCUUCUUCACGCACAACGCCUACGACAGCUGCAAUGGGCACUCUCCGCCAGACACUGCUAGCCGCCGCUUCAGCCCCGACUCGGCAACCUCGGGCUUCUCAGGGUCCCUUUUCUCCGGCUCAGCCAUGUCGGGCAUUUCUAACCAGCGAGAGCGUGGAGGCCUUCUCUCGCCCAGCACUUUUGGCACCUCUGAAUUCUUGGUGAACCCCCUGGAACCCCAAAAUGCAGACAAGAUCAGAGUGAAGAUAGCGGAUCUGGGAAAUGCCUGCUGGGUGCACAAACAUUUCACAGAGGACAUUCAGACCCGCCAGUAUCGGGCGCUGGAGGUUCUAAUUGGCGCCAUCUACGGCACUCCGGCUGACAUCUGGAGCACGGCGUGCAUGGCAUUUGAGCUGGCCACUGGCGAUUACCUCUUUGAACCACAUUCGGGUGAGGAUUAUACCAGGGAUGAAGAUCAUAUUGCCCACAUUGUUGAGCUGCUGGGUGAUAUCCCCCCACACUUUGCUCUUUCAGGGCGCUAUUCCCGCGAGUACUUCAACCGGCGAGGGGACCUGCGCCACAUUAAGAACCUGAAGCACUGGGGCCUGUAUGAGGUCCUGGUGGAGAAAUACGAGUGGCCCCUUGAGCAGGCAGCCCAGUUCACAGACUUUCUCUUGCCCAUGAUGGAGUUCAUCCCUGAAGAGCGUGCCACCGCCAGCCAAUGCCUGCAGCACCCAUGGCUCAACUCCUAGGGCCAAAUGUGGCCCCGACUGACCGACUGCUGAAGCAAGAGGACUCUCUAGCCUGGACGGAUUUCCCAUUGCCGGAGUGGAGGGUUUCCUUCUCCCCUUGGUUCCUCCCCCUAAGUGGAGGGCAUUCCAGGACUGGAGACCAGAGGCUGUUCUCUUUGGCUGAUUAGGUGGGAGGCUGUAACACUGGACUGAAUCCCAGUACCCAGAUACUAGUCUGUGGCCAUUUCUGAAGCACAGCCAGAAGAUCCCUUCCCUCUUACUUUCCGAGAGGUUGCCUCCAUAGGAUUGUCAGUAGCCAUUUCCCCCAUGUAUCCCUUGACUGAUGCUGUUUGACUUUUUCAAUUAGCCACAGCGUUCCUUCUAGGUUUCUUCUCCCCCUCCUGCCCCUUUAAGACAGGGGAAAAAAGACUCCCACCCUUCCCAACCCAAAUGGGCAAGAGAGUAGACUUAAACCGGAAUGAAGGAGAAAUAAGUUUUGGAUGGUAAACUGGAAGUUGUGGCUGAAUGUUCGACAAUGCUGGAAAUGACAGUGUAACGUUUUAGUUGUGAGUAGACAGACUUUUGAGAGAUGGUAGAGGCACCACAACUCCUAGUGUAUGCUCCUCCCCUGUCUUAACUUCCACCUAACAUCCCAUCUCCCCUGCCCCGACACCCCAAGCAAAAAUUGUUAUGCAAAUGAAUGAACGUAUGCAAAGUCCUGUGGCCUUGGCUUGGAAGUUUAGUGGUGGAACUGUGGAGGUGUAUAGCAGCAGGGCUACCAUGGGGGACAAAGCAGUAGCAAUAUGUAGGUAGUAAAGUGGAAGGGAGGGAUUCCUAUUCCCAGCCGGUUGUUAGUUCCUGGUAUCUAAUGUUAGGUUGUGCACAGAACCGGUUUGUGCAGUUCGUCCAAAUUCAUUCUGGUCCGUGAACCGGUUCAGUCAAGCCAACUGCCUGGUCCAGUCCACCCGACUGAACCGGCUCGCCAGUUCAAGCCCCUGUAAAGGGGAAUCCGGUGAGGAGUCCCCUUUGCUUCCAGAGGUAAUGAAAGGUGGCAGGGGAGCAGUGGCAACUUUAAAACUGAAAAAGAAGGCCCUUACUAGCAAGCCUGCACAGCACUCCCCCCGCUCCUCAGCAGCAGCAGCGGCACGCAAAUGGCAUGGUCAGCAUGUUGCUGAUCACGCCGCAGAUGGCUUUUGCACAUGCUGAAAAAGUGGAAGGUUCCAAACACAGCUGAAAGAGUGGUGGGGAGUGCCAUGAAGGCUUGCUGGUAAGUACCUUCUCUUUCAGUUCUAAAGGCUCCUCUCUCUCGCCGCUCCCCCACUGCCUUCUAUUAUCUUUGGACGCAAAGGGGGAGCCUCACUGGAUUCCCCUUUACAGGUGCUCAAACCAGUCUGCGGACAAACCGGGUAAGGUCUGGUUUGAUUGCAGACUGGACCCCUUUUGCCAGGGCUGGUCCAGUCCGCGAUUGAAGUGGCCCGGUUCGUUGCGGACUGGUUUGAUCAUGGACUAGUUUGGCACACCCCGACCUAAUGUUUGUGCUCACAGGCUUUGCUAGGAGGAUUCUCCCGGAUUGUGAUGGAUUGUUGUUAAACCAGGGCCUGAUGUAAGAGACCUUUUAUAGUGCCUCCCCUACCCCAUGGGCAUUUUGUGAGCCCUGUUCCCUGCUGCCUGGAUGUACAGGUCUUAAAUUACACUACAGUCCCUAAUAUGCAUGCUUUACAGUAGGCAGGGGCUGAAUUGUGAGAAUCUGUUCAUAAUUUGGCAUUUUAAGAAUCUCAGCCUUUUUAAAAAAAAAUGGUUUCUAAGCUCCUUCCAUUAGGUUUCUUAACGGUUUUACUGCCCGUGAUCAGCUUUUACCAUUCUAAGGCGGAGAAAUCAGCUGCUCCUGAAAGCUUGGUACCAAGGAGCAAAAUGUUCAAGCUACUGUUGUGCCUUUGAGCAGGAGUCUUUCUGCUGUUUGUGAUGAAGGACUGAAUGGGGAAGGUGAACUGAGCCCCUGUAGCCUUUCCCCAGAGUAUUUUGGGCUCAGAUAAAAAGAGUAAUCCACAAGCAGAAGACAGACACAGAAGAAUGCUUAUCCUGGGGUAGGAGGGUUACCGUGGCCAGGCUUCAAGCUAGAGUCCCAAGCCCUUGUUCCUAGCCCAGGGAUAGGAUUGGAACCUAGGAGUUGUGGUUCUGGCUUUUUUUCAUUCUACAGACUCAGACUGUAGCAGAGAGAAAGAGUGUGCGUGGAUGUGUGUGUGAGAGAGAGAGAACAAACAUGCGCAAGUGAGGGCAAAGUAUUUUAGUUAUGGAAAGCAGCUAGAGUAAUGUUACCCAAGAAGAGUGGUGUCUAGUGUCUUUAAACCAAAGUUGUGGCAUAGGAAAACUGAGUGUAGGAAAAUGCUAUUUCCUUGCACUACAGGCAAUCUCUUGAAUGAGAAGCCAGGGCCUUGCUUUAAGUGUGGCCCAUGUGUGCCAGUGUGGGGAAGAGUGUGUGUGUGUGUGUGUGUGUGUGUGUGUGUGUGUGUGUGUGCGUGCACAUGCGUGUGUGUGUGUGUUUUGAACCCCACCCCGCCCCAUGCUGUUGCAGGGACUGAAUUCAAGACUUUUCAUUAAAACAUUUGCAGUA